AUGAUACAGCUAAAACAGCUUAAAAACGCUCUUUCUGGAACCAAAGACAAAAGUCAAUUGAAGUUCUUAAAUUUUGAAAUAGAAAUACUUGAAAAUAGAAUACUUCGUUUGAAAAAACGACGAAAUUCUGAUAACAGUAAUGAGGAGAAAGACAGGAAAACAUUAAAAGAACGACUUUCAACUCUGCGUAGGAAACUUAAAACAAUAAACAAGAAACUUUCGAGAGCAACAGAUAAGUCUGUCAAAAAGAAUUUAUUAGAAAAGAAGGAAAAAGUUGAAAAACGAAUCAGACGAUUGACUGGCAGUAAGAUACGCCCUCUGAAAAAACGAACAAAUGUAGAUGAAGGUGACGAGGACAAGGACGGGAAAAUUGUGAAAGAGCGACUUUCAAAUCUGCGAAGGAGAUUAAGAACAAUAAACAAAGAACUUUCGAGGGCAACAAGUAAGUCUGCAAAAAAGGUUUUAUUGGAAAAGAAGGACAAAGUUGAAAAACGAAUCCGACGCUUGACUGGCAGUAAGAGCAACGAUGGUAACAAAGAAAAAAAGCGCACAGAUAGAGAAAAUGAUAAUGAUAAUGAUACCAAUAGGAAACAAACCGAAACUGAUGCGGAAAAAUUAAAACGGUUAGUGAAGAAAUUGAGACGAAAACAAAAACUUCUUUCUGAGAUUAAGGACGUUGAGGGAAAAAAAUCAUUGAACUAUCAAAUAGAAAUGCUUGAAACAAGAAUACGGCUUUUGAAAAAACGAACAAAUGUGGAUGAAGAUAACGAGGACAAGGACGGAAAAACAGUGAAAGAACGACUUUCAAAUCUGCGAAGGAGACUUAGAACAAUAAAUAAAAAACUUUCGAGAGCAACAAAUAAGUCUGCAAAAAAUGUUUUAUUAGAAAAGAAGGACAAAGUUGAAAAACGAAUCCAACGCUUGACUAGCAGUAAGAGUAACGAUGGUAACAAAGAAAAAAAGAGCACAGAUAGAGGUAAUGAUAAUGACGAAACCAAUAGGAAACAAACCGAAACUGAUGCGGAAAAUUUAAAACGGUUAGUGAAGAAAUUGAGACGAAAACAAAAACUUCGUUCUGAGAUUAAGGACGUUGAGGGAAAAAAAUCAUUGAACUCUCAAAUAGAAAUGCUUGAAACAAGAAUACGGCUUUUGAAAAAACGAACAAAUGUGGAUGAAAUUAACGAGGACAAGGACGGAAAAACAGAGAAAGAACGACUUUCAAAUCUGCGAAGGAGACUUAGAACAAUAAAUAGAAAACUUUCGAGAGCAACAAAUAAGUCUGCAAAAAAUGUUUUAUUGGAAAAGAAGGACAAAGUUGAAAAACGAAUCAGGCGCUUGACUUCCAGUAAGGACAACGAUGGUAACAAAGAAGAAAAGAGCAAAGAUAAUGAUUAUAAUGAAAUCAGCAAUCAAGCCAAUAAGAAACAAACCGAAACUGAUGCGGAAAAAUUAAAACGGUUAGUGAAGGAAUUGAGACGAAAACAAAAACUUCGUUCUGAGAUUAAGGACGUUGAGAAAAAAAAAUCAUUGAGAUAUCGAAUAGAAAUGCUUGAAACAAAAAUACGGCUUUUGAGAAGACGAAUAAACUUGGAUAAAGAUAGCAAAGUCAAAAACAGGAAAACUGUAAAAGAACGACUUUCAGACCUGCGAAGGAGACUUAAAACAAUAUAUAACAAACUUUCGAGAACAACAGAUAAGUCAGUCAAAAAGGUUUUAUUGGAAAAGAAGAAAAACCUCGAGAAACGCAUCGAACGCUUAACUGGCAGUAAGGACGGAGAAAAUAGGAGCAGAGUUAGAGAUAAUGAAAUGGAUGCAAAAUCUGCAAAGGAACGACUUGCAAUAUUACAAAAUAAAUCAGAUAAAAUUAACAAAAGACUUUCUGACACGAAAUACAAGCCUGUAAGAAGGACAUUGUUGAAAAAGAAGGAAAUUGUAGAGAACAGAAUCAUACGAUUAACUAGCGAAAAAGAAGGCAACACAAAAAAGGACGAGAAGCCAAACAAGAAAAAACAAAACAAUAAGCCUUAUAAAAGUUCCAAAACAGACAAAAGUAAAAAUCGAGAACAAGACCAAACAGAUGAAGAAAGGUUAAAACAGCUGAUAAAGGAAAUAAAGACAUUGCGACAGAUUCUGUCUGCAACCAAUGACAAACGUGAGAGAGAUACUUUACAAAAGCAGAUAGAUAAAACAGAUAGUAAAAUUCGCCGAUUAAAAAGGAGAAUUAAUGGUGAAGACAAUGCAGAUAAAAUGGAGGCAAAAUAUGUAAAGGAACGACUUGCAAUAUUACAAAAUAAAUUAGAUAAAAUUAACAAAAGACUUUCUGACACGAACGAAAAGCCCGUAAGAAGGACAUUGUUGAAAAGGAAGGAAAUUGUAGAGAACAGAAUCAGACGAUUAACUAGCAAAAAAGAAGACAACACAAAAAAGGACGAGAAGCCAAAGAAGAAAAAACAAAACAACAAGCCUUACAAAAGUUCCAAAACAGACAAAAGUAAAAAUCGAGAACAGGACCAAACAGAUGAAGAAAAGUUAAAACAGCUGAUAAAGGAAUUAAAGACAUUGCGACAGGUUCUGUCUGCAACCAAUGACAAACGUGAGAGAGAUACUUUACAAAAGCAGAUAGAUAAUAAAGAUAGUAAAAUUCGCCGAUUAAAAAGGAGAAUUAAUGGUGACGACAAUGCAGAUGAAAUGGAGGCAAAAUCUGUAAAGGAACGACUUGCAAUAUUACAAAAUAAAUUGGAUAGAAUUAACGAAAGACUUUCCGACACGAAGGGAAAGCCUGAAAGAAGGACAUUGUUGGAAAAGAAAGAAAUUGUAGAGAACAGAAUCAGACAAUUAACUAGCGGAAAAGAAAACGACACAAAAAAGGACGAGAAGCCAAAAAAGAAAAAACAAAACAACAAGCCUUACAAAAGUUCCAAAACAGACAAAAGUAAAAAUCGAGAAAAGGACCAAACAGAUGAAGAAAAGAUAAAACAGCUGAUAAAGGAAUUAAAGACAUUGCGGCAGGUUCUGUCUGCAACCAAUGACAAACGUGAGAGAGAUACUUUACAAAAGCAGAUAGAUGAUAAAGAUAGUAAAAUUCGCCGAUUAAAAAGGAGAAUUAAUAGUGACGACAAUGCAGAUGAAAUGGUGGCAAAAUCUGUAAAGGAACGACUUGCAAUAUUACAAAAUAAAUUAGAUAGAAUUAACGAAAGACUUUCUGACACGAAAGGAAAGCCUGAAAGAAGGACAUUGUUGGAAAAGAAAGAAAUUGUAGAGAACAGAAUCAGACAAUUAACUAGCGGAAAAGAAAACAACACAAAAAAGGACGAGAAGCCAAACAAGAAAAAACAAAACAAUAAGCCUUACAAAAGUUCCAAAACAGACAAAAGUAAAAAUCGAGAACAAGACCAAACAGAUGAAGAAAAGUUAAAACAGCUGAUAAAUGAAUUAAAAAAAUUGCGACAGCUUCUGUCUGCAACCAAUGACAAACGUGAGAGAGAUACUUUACAAAAGCAGAUAGAUGAUACAGAUAGUAAAAUCCGUCGACUAAAAAGGAGAAUUAAUGGUGACGACGAUGCAGAUAAAAUGGAGGCAAAAUCUGUAAAGGAACGACUUGCAAUAUUACAAAAUAAAUUAGAUAGAAUUAACGAACGACUUUCUGACACGAAAGGAAAACCUGAAAGAAGGACAUUGUUGGAAAAGAAAGAAAUUGUAGAGAACAGAAUCAGACAAUUAACUAGCGGAAAAGAAAACAACACAAAAAAGGACGAAAAGCCAAAGAAGAAAAAACAAAACAACAAGCCUUACAAAAGUUCCAAAACAGACAAAAGUAAAAAUCGAGAACAGGACCAAACAGAUGAAGAAAAGUUAAAACAGCUGAUAAAGGAAUUUAAAAAAUUGCGACAGCUUCUGUCUGCAACCAAUGACAAACGUGAGAGAGAUACUUUACAAAAGCAGAUAAAUGAUAAAGAUAGUAAAAUCCGUCGACUAAAAAGGAGAAUUAAUGGUGACGACGAUGCAGAUGAAAUGGAGGCAAAAUCUGUUAAGGAACGACUUGCAAUAUUACAAAAUAAAUUAGAUAGAAUUAACGAAAGACUUUCUGACACGAAAGGAAAGCCUGAAAGAAGGACAUUGUUGGAAAAGAAAGAAAUUGUAGAGAACAGAAUCAGACAAUUAACUAGCGGAAAAGAAAACAACACAAAAAAGGACGAGAAGCCAAACAAGAAAAAACAAAACAAUAAGCCUUACAAAAGUUCCAAAACAGACAAAAGUAAAAAUCGAGAACAAGACCAAACAGUUGAAGAAAAGUUAAAACAGCUGAUAAAGGAAUUAAAAAAAUUGCGAAAGGUUCUGUCUGCAACCAAUGACAAACGUGAGAGAGAUACUUUACAAAAGCAGAUAGAUGAUACAGAUAGUAAAAUCCGUCGACUAAAAAAGAGAAUUAAUGGUGACGACGAUGCAGAUGAAAUGGAGGCAAAAUCUGUAAAGGAACGACUUGCAAUAUUACAAAAUAAAUUAGAUAAAAUUAACGGAAAACUUUCUGACACGAAAGAAAAACCUGUAAGAAGGACAUUGUUGGAAAAGAAAGAAAUUGUAGAGAACAGAAUCAGACAAUUAACUAGCGGAAAAGAAAACAACACAAAAAAGGACGAGAAGCCAAACAAGAAAAAACAAAACAAUAAGCCUUACAAAAGUUCCAAAACAGACAAAAGUAAAAAUCGACAGCAGGACCAAACAGAUGAAGAAAAGUUAAAACAGCUGAUAAAGGAAUUAAAAAAAUUGCGACAGGUUCUGUCUGCAACCAAUGACAAACGUGAGAGAGAUACUUUACAAAAGCAGAUAGAUGAUACAGAUAGUAAAAUCCGCCGACUAAAAAGGAGAAUUAAUGGUGACGACGAUGCAGAUGAAAUGGAGGCAAAAUCUGUAAAGGAACGACUUGCAAUAUUACAAAAUAAAUUAGAUAAAAUUAACGAAAGACUUUCUGACACGAAAGGAAAGCCUGAAAGAAGGACAUUGUUGGAAAAGAAAGAAAUUGUAGAGAACAGAAUCAGACAAUUAACUAGCGGAAAAGAAAACAACACAAAAAAGGACGAGAAGCCAAAGAAGAAAAAACAAAACAACAAUCCUUACAAAAGUUCCAAAACAGACAAAAGUAAAAAUCGAGAACAGGACCAAACAGAUGAAGAAAAGUUAAAACAGCUGAUAAAGGAAUUAAAAAAAUUGCGACAGGUUCUGUCUGCAACCAAUGACAAACGUGAGAGAGAUACUUUACAAAAGCAGAUAGAUGAUACAGCUAGUAAAAUCCGUCGACUAAAAAAGAGAAUUAAUGGGGACGACGAUGCAGAUGAAAUGGAGGCAAAAUCUGUAAAGGAACGACUUGCAAUAUUACAAAAUAAAUUAGAUAAAAUUAACGGAAAACUUUCUGACACGAAAGAAAAGCCUGUAAGAAGGACAUUGUUGAAAAAGAAGGAAAUUGUUGAGAAAAGAAUCAGACAAUUAACUAGCGAAAGAAAAGACAAUGAGAAAAAGGAUGAGCGGUCAGGCAAUAACAAUAAUGAUAUGAAGCCUGAUAAAAGUAACAAACAAGACAAAACUGACACUCGUUCUGAAUCAGACGGCAAACAAAGUCACCUUCAGAAAUUAAAAGAACUAAAUGACAAACAUCGAAAAAUAACGAAUAGAAUUUCAAACACAGAAGAUAAGCUUAAUAGACAGAAAAAAAAGAAGUCUAUACUCGAAAAUAAACUUAAAGUUAAGACCAAAGCAAUUGUGGCUAAAGAUGACUCCAACAAACGUCUCAAAAACUUUGGAGAAAUGAAAAUUAGCGAUCGGGUAGAAAAGUUAAAGUCUUAUUUAGAAAAGCUCGAGUUGAUGUUAUCUCAAACAAUCAAUAAGGAAAAGCGUAAAUAUUUGAAAGAAGAUAAGGAAAUAUUAAAGAAACGAAUUUCUGGUCUGUCAGAGGAGUUAAAACAAAUUCAAGAAGACGGAGAAUCCGACUUCAUAAGUUUCAAUGCAAGGUUAGCCACAUUAAGAAGAAAACUGGAUAUUGUCAACAACAGGAUGAAAAAGGCAGAUGUUCGUAAAACAUUAAAGGCUUUAAAAAAGAAAAAAGUGACUUUGGAGAAAAGGAUUAAAAAACUGACUGAUGAACUUAGAAUUCCAGAAAAACCAAUUGCUUAGGACGACAUGAGCGAUACGAAAUAUGGACUUUGACUUUGCCCAAGAACAGUCAACAUUGGCAACUUUUGCUGCUGACGAACCAAUGACAAUAAUUACAUGUUCAACAACUACUGAAAUAUGAAAAAUGAGAUUUCGUUUCUAAAAGAUGAAAUACUUCUAAGAUUAAAUUUUAUGUAUAAAUAAUUAUGAAAAGAAGAUAAUUUUUGUCUGCGAAUGAAUAAAGUGUCAUUUCUUAAAGUUAUAUUUAUAUCUAACAAAGUAUUAUUUCAUUAAGUAAUUAAGCUAAUCUUUUCUACAUGUAAAAGUACAAUGACAAAUACAAAUUCUCAGUAGCGUGGUAAAGUGAUGGUUGCUGUGUGCUGAUUUUAUGUACUUGAAUAUAAACUCUCCUAUUAAACCCUCCCUUGCAUCAA